AAGUCGGGCUCAAACCAGGAGCCUCUUUGCAGAAGGAUAUAUGUUAAUGUGAAUACUGACGCAAACCCUGCGUCGGAUAAUGAACUGCUCAAGAAACUGGAACGACGCGUCUUGUGUGAGUGACUGUGCAGACUGCUGUGUGCGUAGCAAAGACGUCUGUGCCAUGCUCACCAUUCAUGCAGUGUGAUAAUUCCAACAAACACCUUAGCUCUCUCUCUUCCUCUCCGUCUGCCAGCCUGUAACUCUCCCGCCACCUCUCUCCUCUCUGUGCAGCAUGUGCGCCCACGGCGCCCACGCACCGCGUCUAAUUGCCUGAGCGCCUUCCGAAGAUAUUAUUGAUAUUUAACACCUCUCGUUUUCGCGUCACACCCGUAAAUAUGGCCACUCUGCAACAUCACCGGCAGCUUCUCAUGCAUGGCUCGGAAGUGAGCUGUGAGUCUAGCGGGGAUGGUGCCGUGACCGUGCGGAUUACCAACAGCGCGCCACACGUGCAUCAACAUGAGUCAGUGAGGACUGCUAACAGCGGAGCAAGGGCAGGAGAAGGGGCUGGGGGCUAUGGCGCUGCAAGUGAAAUGAACCCUAACCUUCACAAAUACAGCAUCUCCAGCUGCAGCUCAGCAGACUCCAGACCGGGUUUGACCUCUGCUCUGAGGGCACGUAGCAAGGCGCCUCGGCUUUUUGAAAGCUCUGCUGCUCAGUGCUGGGACCCCAAGUUUGACUCCCCAAUCCUGGAAGAGGCAUGCCAAGAGAGGUGCUUUCCUCAAACGCAGCGCUGCUUCCGUUACGUCCUGUUCUACCUCGCAGUGGCAGCUGCCCUCUGGGCAGUGUAUUUUGGGGUCAAUAGUGACCGCUGCGACCCUGUGACCUUCCUAGCCCCCACAGCCUCCUUUUUGGUCCUCCUAGUGCUCCUCUUUUUGUUCACCUUCACCCAGCCUUACACAUGGCUGUACAACCAGACUUCCUUGCUCCUGAUAGUGGUCACCUUUGCCAUCACCUUAGCUCCACAGAUACAGACUGCUGGUUACACUGAGCUGGAGUGGGCUGGCGGUGGGAAUGCCUCAUAUCUUUCAACCGUUGAAGGAGUACUGCGUCCAACCCCUUGCAUCUCCCCUGUAGGCACCUUUUCCCUUUGCAUGGAGGUUCUCUUGUUGUUAUACAGUGUCCUCCAUGUCCGUCUGUAUGCCUCAGUAAUGCUGGGUUUCCUGUAUUCUGUUUUAUUUGAGGCAUUAGGAUGGCUACCAUUACUUCAAAGGAGUUAUGACACUACCAGAUGGGGGACAGGGUCAGUGGGUUCAGCUUCUGAUUGGGAAGGAGACACCCUCCGCUGGCUAGGCCCAGCCAAAGCUUUGCUUCAUUUGUGUGCGCAUGUCAUCGGCAUCCAUCUAUUCAUCAUGUCGGAGGUGCGUUCCCGCACCACCUUCCUCAAAGUGGGCCAGGCUAUCAUGCAUGGCAAGGACUUAGAGGUGGAGAAGGCCUUGAAGGAACGUAUGAUCCACUCGGCCAUGCCAAGGCGAGUUGCAGAUGAGCUGAUGAAGCAGGGGGAUGAUGAUGGUAGCGGUGAGAACUCUGGAAAGCGUUAUUCCUCUGGUGCUUGCUCUGCUUCAGCCGUGGCAGUGGGUGGUGGAGGAAUCAGUGGAGUGUCACAAGCCAAAAGUGCUGCAAGCCCCAAGAACCACCCUCAUAACAAUCACAAACGCAAGAAGACCUCCAUCCCCCGUGCAGAGAUAAUAUUUAGGCCCUUCAACAUGAAACGCAUGGAGCCUGUCAGCAUUCUGUUUGCAGACAUUGUGGGUUUCACUAAAAUGUCUGCCAAUAAAUCUGCGCCGGCCUUGGUGGGCCUUCUGAAUGACCUGUUCGGACGUUUUGACCGUCUCUGUGAACUAACCUGCUGUGAGAAGAUCAGCACUCUGGGAGACUGCUACUACUGUGUAGCAGGCUGCCCUGAGCCCAGACCGGACCACGCGUACUGCUGCAUGGAGAUGGGCCUAGGAAUGAUCCAAGCCAUUGAGCAGUUCUGCCAGGAGACAUGUGAGACUGUCAGCAUGCGUGUUGGUGUCCAUACGGGCACUGUGCUGUGUGGGAUCCUCGGAAUAAAACGUUUCAAGUUUGAUGUAUGGUCAAACGAUGUCAAUCUAGCUAACUUGAUGGAGCAGCUGGGUGUGGCAGGGAAGGUCCAUUUGUCAGAAGCCACUGAUCGAUUCCUGGAUGACCGUUACCAGAGGGAGGAUGGCCAGGUGGCAGAGAGAGCCGGACAGAGUGUGGUGGAGAAACUGAAAGGUCUGAAGACCUACCUGAUCUCAGGGAGGAAGCUCGAGUAUGAUGGGCAGUGUGGCUAUCCUCAGGUGGGACUGACAGGUGGGGAUUUUGUAGGGGUGGGCCUGUCCUCCUGUCCUCACCCCCACACGCCAGACCUCAUCCCUGGAGGAGCUCAGGCUGCUGAGCCCCUGCUGCCCCGCCAAACACCAGGCAGAAUCGGGCCUCCCUGUGUGUCUCACAGCGUGGUCUUGUCUUCGGGGGUAGAGCAGAGUGAUGAUGUGGCUGUGCUGAAUGGCUGCCAGGAAGAGUGCAAGACCAGCAGUGCCAAGUUCAUCCCAGGUCACAGCCUCAGGGCGGUCAAUGGCCUCCUGAGUCCCCCGCUGGAGGACCCAGUACAGGCCAGCCAGAGCUCCCUGUGUGACAUGCUUCAGGAGAAAGAGAAGAAGACUAGCACUAGCACAGGGACUGGCACCAGUCUAGGCAUGGCUGGUGGCACAGGGGCAGCUGGCACAGGAAUGGACCACUCUGCUCUGAUCCAGCUGCGUGCCAAGAACUUCAGACAAAAGAGUGACGAGCACUUUGUGGAUGUAAUCAGAGAGGACAGUCUGAUGAAGGACUACUUUUUCAAGCCACCCAUCAACAAGAUCAGCCUCAAUUUUCUAGAGAGACCUCUGGAAAAGGCCUAUCGCAGCAGCUACAAGGAGGAGGUGAAAAACCGGGUUCAUGUGCAGACAUUUGCAGGCUCCACCUUCAGCUCCCUCCUGGAUGUUCUCCUCGGCGGUUUUGUCUUCCUGGCCCUGUCUCUGGCCUGCUUCCUUCCACCUCUGGUGAGCCCGUCUACUCUGGGCUUUCCAGCUCCGCCUGCCCUGAUUCUGGCUCCCCUGGUUUUUUUGUUGGAGCUGGGCUCUGUGGUGCUGUCCAUACGUAUGGCCUUCUAUCUGGAGGAGGUGAUGAACUGUACUCACUCCCUGCUCCUUGUCAUCUCUGGCUGGGUCCCCCGUCAUGUGAUUGGGGCCGUGCUAGUCUCCCUCCCCGCCAUCUCUGUCUUGUCCCAUUUUACUGGCAGUGUCCAGCUGCCCUUCCAGGUGACCAUGUUGCUGUGCUGUGCCACCAUCCUGGCCAUCAUCCAGUAUUGUAACUUCUCUCAGCUGAGUUUCUGGAUGCGCUCAGUCCUGGCCACUGCUACAGGGGUUGCCCUGCUGCUGUUGCUGUACAGCACCUUACACAGCUCCGGUAAUAACAGCUUUCCAGUUCAUGGAUUGAACAUCUCUGCAUCGAGUGAUGAUGGCUCAGAAUCUGGCCGUGACUCUCCUCCACGACCUUUUGACCUUUUGGUCCCAGAGGCUGUUCUGGCCUUCUUUUUGCUUCUUCUCCUGGUCUGGUUUCUCAACCGUGAGUUUGAAGUAAGUUACCGUCUUCAUUACCAUGGCAAUGUGGAGGCUGACAAACAUCGCGCCAAGAUCCAAACGAUGCGAGACCAGGCCGAGUGGUUACUAGGCAACAUCAUCCCCAUCCACGUCGCCGACCAGCUCAAGGUGACCCAGAGCUAUUCCAAGAACCACGACAGUGUGGGGGUGAUCUUUGCCAGUAUUGUAAACUUCAGUGAGUUCUAUGAAGAAAGCUAUGAGGGUGGAAAGGAGUGCUAUCGCGUCCUUAAUGAGCUCAUUGGAGACUUUGAUGAGCUCCUUCGCGAACCUGAAUUCAAAAGUGUGGAAAAAAUCAAGACAAUCGGUGCCACCUACAUGGCAGCGUCGGGACUGAAUGUCCAGCAGCUGGCUGAGAACGAAGAUGACUCUCCACACGCUCACUUGAGGGCACUUUUCAACUUUGCCCUGGAGAUGAUGGGUGUCCUGGAUGACUUCAACAAGAAUAUGUUAGGUUUUGGUUUCAAGCUCCGUAUUGGAUUUAAUCACGGACCGUUGACGGCGGGGGUGAUUGGCACCACUAAGCUGCUCUAUGACAUCUGGGGAGACACAGUCAACAUUGCUAGCCGCAUGGACUCCACUGGGGUGGAGUGUCGAGUGCAGGUGAGCGAGGAGAGUCACACUGUGCUCAGCGCCAUGGGUCUAGAGUUUGACUACAGAGGUACUGUGAAUGUUAAGGGCAAAGGUCAAAUGAGGACCUUUCUCUACCCCAAAAGUGGGGAAAUUAUAUGUCAAGAUUGCGUGGAGCAAGCUGUUGGAGUUGGACCCUCAUCUGUGGCAUUAACAGCCAAUAAAACUUCACAAUCUGUUGCCCAAGCAGCAGCUCUUCCUCCCGCUUCUUCUCCCACUCCUCCUCCCUCCUCUCUUGUCACACAAGCCCAAAGUGCUGUACGGCUGCCAGGAACAGGGCUUGAGCCUGUCCUGGCUAAGUCCACAGAGGUGAGGGAAGAAGGAUAUAGGGACGCUCCACACCUCCAUGGGCAGUCCCUUUCCUCAGACAAUCACACCCCUCUCCACUCUGAGCUAGGCCAAGAAUCUAGUGAUGCACAUUUGCCCCCCCAGGUGCACCCUGCUCCUCAUGCACUUCGAGAGGAGGAGGAUGAAGAGGAGGAGACCAAUGAGCUAACAAAACUCAACGAGGAGUUUUAUGCUCGUCUCUGAUCCCUCCUGUCCCCCUGUAGCCCCAAGCUCCUGCCUCUCCAGAACUGAUUGCACGUGAGGGCAGUGUGCCACUUCCUUUGGGCAAGUGUCUUUGGCGUUGAUGAAGAAGAGAGAGUUUCUCACUCCACCACAAACAGUGGCUACAGAGUUCUGGGGUGCUGGACCUGUAUUAAGCGCAGCAGUUUCUAAUGGAAAGGCUGAAAAGGGGGUUAAAGGGAAAAUAAGAUUUGAUGGUGUUGUUGAUGUUUUUCUUAUUCUUUUUUGUUAUUAAGUGCCUUCAGGACUAGAACAGUGAACGAAGAAAUAUGAAUACUGAACAAAGUUUUAACAAUCUUAGACUAGAAAUAUGCUGUGGUUUCUUACUCUGUGCUUUUAUUUUCAGUGCAAGUAUUUCUUUAAACAAAUCAUUAUUGUUGUGCCAUAUUGUUUGUUUUAACUUGAUCAAAGUCUUGACCUUAGUUAAGGGAAAAUAAUUUUAAGAUAUAUAUAAGUGCCAGUGCAACAUGAUGGGCUGAGCAGGGAACUAUGGGAAGAACGAGGGAUUCACAUGAAUCAGUAUUAAUUUAUGUAUUCUGCGUUCACAUGAGGAUUUAAUACAGUAUUCAUCUGUGCUUGAGUCUCAGUAAAAGGAGACAUGCUACAAAGCAGGCUGCAUAGAUUUUAGUAAGUGUAGCAGUUAAAUGCCCAUUAAAGCAUGAGUCUUGCACAGUGUUUUUCUCAACCACUUAUAUUAGGUAUUACCGUGGAAAAAAAAAGUUUAAACAGAGUUCUUGUCUGUCACAAUAAGUACAAUCAAAAGCACAAAAUUAGAUCAGAUAAGGGAAUAUUGAUUUGUAAGAAGGGCUGGCUUUAAAAUGUUAGAUCAUAGCAAAAGCAGGAAGGCACUUUAAAUAUACUUAGAAUGAUAGCCUACACAAUAUUUGUCUUUUGAGUAUGAAACUCAUUUCCUGUAGACCUGAAAGGUGGCUGUAAAGAUGUAAUUUUCUUCUAAAAAUGCAUAUGCUGACUGUGAUCACUAAUUAAAGUAUGCUGAUUAAACUGGAUCCCAUUGCAACUUCUCACACCAAUGCCUCACCAUAAUCUUCUUUCCUGUUGUCAAAUUUCCACUAAAGUAUUGUUAAAUACUGGGGUCCAGUCUCAGGCUUUUAGCAUGACCCAGAUUUUGUAUCAGGUCAGAACAUUAGAGGUGUCUCAUUGGCUGGACUGAAAGCAAUUAAAUAUUUUACACUCACCUUUAGGGAAUACGGAUAUUCUGUAUUUUUGUUAUUACCAGCAAAUCCCAUGAAAAGACCAAAACCAGUCCAUCUCUCAGCCCAAAUUUUAGUAUUAUUUUGGGUAUUCUGUAUUUUUAUUACAACAUACAGCAGAGUGAUGACAAGAAGCAAGCAGAGAGAGGCAGAAUGAAAUGCUACAAAGGCCCCACAUGUGAACCAGGGACAUUUCAGUUUGUGGUAAGCAACUUGACACCUAGGGCACUGUAGUUUUUGGUAGAUAUUACUCAAAUAGCAGUAAAUAGUGCAUUUGUUGGUGACUUUCCAGUGGCAACAGGGCUGUGCAUGUGGGGCUGAUUUAUUUAAAAAUAAUCCAUAGUGCCCAUGUUCAGUGUAAUGAAGGGAGCCAAUGCAACAGUGUGGCUCGCUGAUGUGCAGUUAAUAAUGCAAAAAACAAUGGAACUUGAUAGCACAAAGGAAUAAAACUUAUCAGGCUUUGGCCACACAGACAGCACUCUUUAAUAGGAUCAAUUCAUGUAGGCUGCAAUGGAUUGGCGACCUGUCCAGGGUUCACCCCGCCUUUGCCCGAUUGCCGGCCGCCCGUGACCCCGUUCAGGGACAAAGCGGUAGAAAAUGAAUGAAUGAAUGAAUUCAUGUAGGUCUUUUCAUGGGCUUUGUACACAAUAAGAAAACGAAUAUCAACCACAUUUCUCCUCACAAGUCUACAAGGGUGUGAGAGUUUGACACUCAAAUGAUUUUUGGCGGAGUAUCUCUUUAAGCGGGAUUGUCAGGGCAAUCACUGUAUUUCUUGAUAGCUGAUUGGAUGGUCCACACUGAUUUAAGUGUCAAAGCACAGCUACAGUUUCUACAGCACUGCGUGUAAAACCACAGACUCAGAUUUAGUAACGUUCCAUUCGUUGUCUUCAUCAUCAUAAAUAAAAACAAACAUUGGUCAGUCUGUCACUACAGAUUUAUUUAGAACUUAAGUAUUGUCUGCCUUUAGGUGUGUGAUUUGCUGUUGAAUAAGUGGGAUUUGAUUUUGGUCCUGUCACGGCCUCUUCACUGAGGGGAGCCUCUACUGUAUUGAUAUACGUAAAUUGUGCCACUUUAAUUGAGUGAUCUAUAGGUGCAGUGCAACCUGAUCUAGCUGAUUGUUUUGUUGUGCCUAAAGGUAUGGCUGUAUGUUUUCGAGUAUUUUGGGUUUCAGAAAGUUUUUUUUAAUCAUGCUGUUGUCAUAAGGAGGAUAGAUUAUGGUUGUCUGUUUGAGGAAAAUAUGCUGCAUUUUUUUUCUUUUCCAGUUAUUUUAAUGUCAUUGACUGUUUGCUUAUAAUACUGUGGUGGUGUUCCAUGGAGUAGUUGCCACCUCUGCACUUCUCUUUGCUCUUUACUCACUUCAUGCUUUGUUUAUACUCCUGAGAGCACUUGUUUCCUCCUUAUACUUUGUGUGUUUGUGUGUGUGUGUGAGACAGAGAGAGAAAGAUAUUUAAGAUCUACUCAAAGUCAAUAAAGCAGAAAAGAGUGAGUUGCACAAAGCAACAUUCUUUAAAAUGGAGGGAAGUAGCUCAGAGGUUUGAGAUCUGCAAAUACAUAAUGCCACAUCUUUUAGAGACAGGUCAACAUGUGGGCAAAGGAAUUUUGCCUUAUGAUGCUGUUGCUACACAGAUACAAGAUGUCACAAAAAAUGAGGAACAAUCUCCAUUUAUGUAGCUGUCUACAUAUGUAGCAUGAAAAGCAUAUUUGUUUACCUCUGCCAUUGUGCACUCCAAACAAACACAAUCAGUGCCUUUUGAAUCAGGAAUAUGUUUCAUUACUGUGUAUGAGCGGUGAUUAUUUAUAUCAAAUAAUCAUGAAAACCCUAGUAGCAUAAAUAAAUAACACUGAAAAUCCAAAGAAGCUGUCGCUAUACAGUAGAUUGAGACAUGAGGUGAGAAAUUCUUUGUUGGCCAAAAUCUUUAACAUUGUUUUAAAAUGAUCUAGUUGUACUCUUGUACAUAUUCUAACCUAACAAACUGUAGAACACACAGUUAUGGAAACAGAAGAGUGUAUAAGGUGUCAGCUGUGACGGAAAGUUGUUAUUUUUUUCCUCACUUUUUCAAAGUUCCCCUUCUGCCUCAUGUCGGUCGAUAAUCUUCUGUGACUUCAAGCCAUGUUGCUAUAGUCCUAACGAGCAGAGAAACUAUCCAUAGCAGAUUAGAGGUGUGGGACUCCAUGGGAGGAUGGGCACACCAGCUCUCCAGUAGCACACAUCUGUACAUGUGUAAAUAAAAUAUUCAAGUGAACCCUGCUGACUCUGUGAUCUGUGAUAAAGUUGGAGAUGAAGCAUGUGUGAUCAGAUUUGCAUGGGAAUGAAUGAACUCUUUUUCUCUUUUCCAGAGACACUACAUUCUUGGAUUGAUUCUGCACUAUAGUCUUUUUUUCCCAUUUCAGCAUCGUUCUUUUCACACUAAUGUUGAACAUUAAGUAUUUGUUGCCAAUAUGCAGGAUCUGUCAAAUCAAUAAGCUUCGCUCAGUUAUGGUUAUUUGGAUUUCUGACAGUGCAUUGAUAGAUGAUGUAUGCAUGACAUGCUUUGUUUUUAGUUUUGGCAGAUGUAAAGAAGAAGUCCAGUGCAAUCAAGAAAACAGCUGAGUGCACUGAGGAGAAGUCCAUUCGGUCAUCCCUUUUUAUUGAAGCGUGACUCUGCUGUGUGACAGAAACAUAAGGGAGAGGCAUAAAGGGACUGUUUUAUUAGCGCUUGUUUAAAGUAUCACAGCAAAUUAGCAUUGCCUAAUCAUUCAUUUAAACAGUGACAACUCUGCAUCUUUUCAUUAUAAAUUUUCAAGUAAAUUCAACCCGUAUGCAUUUUUAGUUACACUGGGACAAAAAUUAUACAGAGCUGUUUGUUUUUAAAAUCUUUGUGUAUUUUGCUCUUCAUGAAUGAGAUGUAUUAUGUAUGUUUUGUGCACAUUACUCAUGUCAUUUAUCAACACAAUUAUAAUCUGUACACAUUUGCACAAGGCACUCUGUGUUUGUACAUAUGCAGUUAUUUUAUGUCACAUAUAAAUUUUUUUAUACGUGUCAGAUAUUGCCAAAAACAAUGAAAAGAGACACAUUAUCAAACUGA